AUGGCCGGGUUUCAUUGGGUAAAUAUUGAUCCAAGCCGCGCCUCCAGACGUUCCGUUCGCACCAUGGACCCUGUGUCGUCAUUGGGUUCAGUAGGGCCGCAGGAAGACGGCAGGCCGCCUGGUCGCUCCUCACCGCCUUUGGGGCAUGACAAUCCGCGUGCGCGAUUCGAUGGCGGAUCCAUGCGCAGAGGGUGCGCUGACUCAGAUGUUGGCUGCGAGGGCAGAAAAAUACUCCGUAACACCGCAGUGUACGGAGUAGUCUGCACGGAGUAUGGAAUCAGGAGCGCGCUUUGUGCCUUGCUCUUACAACAACGUACCUACAUAGAGGGCGGAGCAGCCAGACAGCCUAUGGAGGGAGUGCGCGACACUACUCGCCGGAUCGUGUGCCUGCUUAUGGAGAUGCUGGCAUUAUUGGUUGGUAUUGGCACGUCGGAAGAAUUGGGAGCGAGGCUACUACGGAGUAAUACUACGGAGUAUUACUGUACCUCGACGCCUUGGCGGCUACAGCCCUCCUUCGCAUCCGGGAUAUAUGUACCUGUCUGGUCGAAGGGGAGAGAGAGACAGAGACAGAAGGAAAGAAAGAGAGAUGACAAUACUAAUUCUGACGUGAGUAUAGACUUGGGUCUCGAGUCAGCCUUCCUCUUAUUCUCCAUGGUCAAUUGUCUCGAGACUCAACUAUCAAGACUCCUCGCUGCCUGA